UUUGAGAUGGUGGAGUGUUGGAAUUGACUCAUCUGGUCAUGGGAACCAUUUGAAAUUUCAAGAAAUUCACAAAAAUGGACAAGUCCUAAGGCUGAUAUUUUUUGGAGGCGAUGGAAUGACAUUUUUUUCAUUUUAAUUAGACACACGAGUCUUUCCAUUAGUCAUCAAACCGGCAUCUACUGCUAAAAUAAUCGUUUUUGAAUUUGAAUGGCGGCUUCAAAAAUUGAUCGUUCAUAACAAGAAAGUCAGCUUAAGUCGACCAAUUAAUUUGCUUCGAUGGCUAAUGAAUCGCGGCUUAAAUGUAAAUCAGCUUACAUCUCUGGACCAAAUAUUACAUCGGUCAAUGAAAAAAUAUUCAAAAAGAAAAUAAUUUUUUGGGUCGAAUAAACUAAGUUUCUCUAAAAUUUAGCCGAUCAAUAUUAUAGUCCAGUUCUAGAUUUUCUUAGUCGAGCCGGAUAGGCGCCGAUUCCAAAACGUGAUUAACCCAUUCCAAAAUAUUGUUUCAUGUUUUAUUGUAAAAUCUCAUCAUAUUCUCACAAAAAAGUGCUUAAAAAAUUAAGAAUAUUUGAGAAAAUAUAUGAGGAAACGAAUUUUUGAUCGGUUGAGCAACCUACAACAUGGGAUAGUCUAGUAUUUUCGGAAAUGCUAGUCGAUAUUAAUUUUCAGUUCGCGAAAUCGAUGCAUCGAGAACACUUCUUAACCAUGACUCGAGACUCCCGGCUUAAAUUUACGAAAAAAAAGUUGAAAUCGACUAUUAUCGAGUGAUAUUAAUCAUUCGACUUUGUUCCGAUUUUCUGAAUAAGAAACCUCCUCAGAUCAGUCUCGUUCAGACGACUUGAAGCUGAAGUAUUUUUAUUAUAAGUAAACGUAUGCUUUCAAGUGAUAUAAAUCUUACAAUAGGGUUUUCUUUGCGACUCCUUGGUAGUCAGAGGUAAUACCUAACCCACUGAGUAAUGGAAUUCAAGUUCUCCUCUCAGAUUGAGCCUAGAGAAAAAUAUCUUGUUCUGCAAAUUGUUAUUAAUUUAAAUCUUAUUUCGCCAUACUUUUUCCCGUGAGUAUUCACUUUAAAUGAAUAGAAUACGUCCUACAAUCAGUAGAUCAAUUAGGCGUAAUUAUAUAAAAAAAAACUGUAUUGAUUUUUUCCUGGAUCUAACCGCGUUGUCAUCACUUCUGGUAAUGAUCGAUUGUUCAUUUUCAUUCCUUUUUCUCCACUUCUGUCAUACAUAUACAUCUACUACUGAAUCCACUGAACGCGAAUUUAGCCUUCGUAACUUCCGUGAGCAACCACUUGCAACUUAUUUAACACUAGAUUUACCAGACCAGUCAUUUUGACUGGUCGUGCAAUUUCAAUUUAAAAUUCCUACGACAUAUUACAUUUGCUUUCCGAAAUGAUGUUAUGACUUUUGUAGCUAUAAGUAGAAAAAACAUUUUAUAAACUUAAUGUUACUUAAUAUUUAUUACUAACAAAUAUAUUUUUUUGUUAUUGACAUUUAAACCAGUACCAGUCAAACUGACUGGUGCAUGUUUCUAUGAAGAAAUGUAUGAGAGCGUUUUAAUUUCAACAUAUUUUGACAGCAAUUGUCAGCCCCUGAAAAUGUUCUGCAUAUUUAGAAAAUGCAACCAGCAUACCUCUGGAAUGUUCAGAUGUGGAAAGUGAAUUAUACGACAGCGGCGAUGAUUUGUUAGAUAGAAAAAUUGAUUCUCAAGGAAGUGAUGAUAACAGUGCUAUUAUCGAGAGUAGUGAUGAGGAAAUUCCUGAUGAUGACAAUAUAGAUGAGCCAAGCGACAGUGGUUGCGUAAAAAUUCCAAUCAAGCGUACCAAAUCAGCAAACUGAAAUUGCUUUAGACGGAACUAUUUGAACGAGAAUUGAAGAAGGAGGUGUUGCUGGUAGAUUACUAGUUCAUAGUAAUUUCAAAGAUGUACACGGUCCAACAGCACAUGCUGAAAGAAAUAUUAUGAACGGGAAUCUAAGUAGUGCGUUCCAAUUACUGAUUGAUAACCAUAUUUUGGAACAUAUACGAAUUUGUACAGAGUUAGAAGCCUCUCGAGUUUUGGAAAAAAGUGGACAAUUACACAAGAAAAAUUGAAGGCAUCUCUUGCAAUAUUGUGCGCGCGUGGGGCGUACGAAGGAAAUAGCUUCAAACAGGGGAUGAACUUAUAUUACCGGGGAUAAGCAACUUUUUCCAUCGGAGGCCAGAUGCAGAUUUACUCAGUAUUUUCCAAACAAACCCCAUAAAUUUAGCAUAAAAUUCUAAUUGGCGUCUGAUGUAGAGACGAAAUAUGUGAUAAAUGGCUUUCCUUAUUUAGGAAAAAGCGAGACUCGAAAUGCAUCAAUCCCCCUAUGCAAAUUUGUCGUAAUGAAAUUUCUUGAACCGUAUACCAUGAAGGAGCGUAAAACUGAUAUUUUUUACAAGUAUUCCUUUGGCGUUAAAAUUAAGAUCUCAAAAUACUUCGUUGCUUGGAACGAUACGCGCUUCUAUUGGCAACCAGACAUAUUUUGGCGUCGAUGUCACUGAUCGAAUGGAAAUCAGGUUCCAGAAGGUGACCACUUCAACUGUUUUUCAAUAAUUUAGUUUCAGCCGGAAGAAAUAGCUGGAUAUUGAACAAAACAUAACAGGAGAAAAUAUCUCACGAGAAGACUUUCUGUUUCAAUUAGCAAAAGAACUUGCUUCAGAAUAUCAGACUUCAAGGCAAAUACCACACGAAGCUGAUAUACCAACUACAAAUGGCACUGUUUCUGUACGCAAAUGGUGUCAAAUAGAAUAUUUUAAUAACAAUAAGACUACAAAUAUUUGCAAUAAAUGCAAAAAAAGUCUAUGUAGAAAGUGUAUACACUGCAAAAUCUAUUGUGAGCAACAAACUGUAAACAAUUAAGUGUUUUGUUAUUUGACAAUGUCUAUUAGUCCAUUUAUCUAUCACAAUUAAUAUUGUUCAACUUAUUUUCGCCAUUUGAUAAGUAAUAGUACAGACUGGAACCACAAUAUUCAUUUUUUCUUAUACACCAGUCAUUUUGACUGGUGCUGGUAGAAAUAGGUAUAUAUAAAUAGCUGGUAAAUCUAGUGUUAACACGGGGUCGUUUCCAUACUAGGCGGUACAGGAUAGUCCCGAUCUUCUGAACAGACUUGAAUGAACUAAAAACAUCCGUAGCCGAUCGAGUCAACUAGAAAAAUAAGCUAGCGGCGGUCGCCGUUGGCCCCAUUUUUCUUGUUGAAAAAAACCGGCGUCGACAUUUUCAAAUAUGGCGUCGACCGCCGAAAUUUUUGACGACAGAAGUGUCUGUCUCCUGGUCUGCUAUACAUUUUCUGUAGGCGUUAAGAUCAACACUGAAAAAUAUUUCGACAUAAAAAAGCGCAAAAUAAAAAAAAUACUAAGUCAGCGCUAUUAUCUUAAGUCACCAAAGUGAAGUUGUGUACUCUAGCUUCUUCUUCUUCUUGGAUGGCACUACCGUUCCAGUGAAACUUUUGCCUUCUCAACGCAGCAUUACUUGCGUCAUUUUUAUUAGUAGUGCUUGGUUGAGAUUUCUAUGCCGAAUAACACGCCUUGAAUGUACUCUGGAGGGGCAAGCUCUAGAAUACGCGUGACCACAGUGCAAGCCGGAAGAAUUUUCUUUCACGAAAAAUCCCCCGACCAGAACGGGAAUCGAACCCGAACCCCCGGCAUGAUAGUGUGGGACGCUAACCACUCGGCCACGGGAGCACGUACUCUAGCGCCGAAUCGUAAUGAAAAUAUUCGGUGGCGGAGUUGCGCCGUGGCGAAUUUUCGUUCGGCAAUGAAACGAUUGCGAUGAGUUGUGAUGAUAUUGAAAGUGGAAUACAGCUGGAAUCCGACGAAUGCAUGGAAAUUGAGGUAGGUUCAGUUUGUAUUAAUCUAUGACUUCAGUAAAAAUUUUAUUACGACAAAAUUAAUUCAUAAUAAAAAUUGCGCUUUUUUCUGUGUGGCAUUCAUACCCCUGAGUUCACUUUUUAAAAACAUGAAUAGAAACUAUUGCUACAUGUUCUUUAAAUGUAUUAUUAAAAGAGCUUCUGAAUGUUUCCACCAGAACCCAAUGAUAAAUGGGUCUGAAAAGUUGAACGAAUUGGUAUGAAAAUAUGGAGAAAUUUGCGUUAGUGAUACUAAAGCCUAUGAUCAUAACGCGAAAUCCAACAGUCACAUAAUUUCCGUUGUUUCCUAUUAUAAGAAGAGAUGUCGACCAGGAAUAUCAUUUCAUAAUCAAAAGGGAUGAAACACGGUACGUGGAAUGGAUUCAACGGAUAAAAAUUGAAAAUCAUCCGGCUAAGCAGUUUAAAUUUCAGCAUGUCGAUAUUCUACUAAGUAAUUAUCAUCAAUUUUCACGUAUUAUUUUUUUCAGAAACAAAACGUUUAACUAAACUAUUAAUUUGUAUGGCUCGAACCUUGGCGAUGGUAAUUGAGGACAGGUUAAAAACUCUCAAGCCAUUAUUGUUCACCUGUUCAACACAAACGAGCAGCAAUUCAUUUAAUCCUCGACGACCAAACGAUUUUCUCCGGCAGCGAAAUUGAAAAUAUCGACAGAUCAAGAAAUCAUGUCUAUAUAUUUUUUAUCUGCUUCUAUAGAAAUUUCCCACCCUAAUUAAAAUAAACAUUAGAGAAAAUCAAUUUGAGUAUUUUAUGCGUCUGAAUAAACCACAAAAACGUAAACAUCGAUUAAAUUUUCUUCUACGCUUCAUCUGAUUCGCUACUCAAAAGUGUCGUUUGACUGACCGAUGAAAAAACACUUUCGUACGAAAACGAGGAUAGGGCAAUUCGUUCGAACGAACGAUGUUCGAAUGUUCGAACGGAUAGAUUUCUUUCGUACGAAACCAAGGAUACGAAUGAGGCAUUCUUUCGAACGUUUUGUGUUCGUUCGAAAACAAGAAUAAGGGUGUUUAUUUUUUUGGUUCGUUAAGUUAGUGUAUAGAAUAAUAUUAGGUGAUUAAUAGCAGUAAUAGACGAUAAUAUCUACUGUUUGCGCCACGCGGAGCGAGCGCAUACGUGUUGCGACAUGACCUGUCAUUCCAUUGCAUCACCCAGAGACGUGCGAAAGUGAGAUGAAAGCAGUAUCAACACAACAAACUAAUAUCACCCGAGCUAACCGAGCGAAGCCGACAGGACAAACACCCCACCAAUUUCAGGGAGUAUAAAAGUAGCAGAGCAGCAUAUGAUCCAUCUUUAUAAGUUUUUAUUCACCACGUGUAUUUAGAAACCAUUAGAGAAAGUUAUAGUGAAAAUUUGGACUUUGAAAACUAGUGUCGUUUUUUCCUACAGUAAAUUUAGUCAGACCCUUUCCAACCGGAGUACUAUAAGGAUUGAGAAAUGUGUACUGUGAAGAUGGCAUCCUCUUAUAAAAUUAAUUUAGAGAUGUGUUUAGAAGCGGUUAACAGUUUAAUUUCAACCAAGUGCCUAGAAUAUGAUUUCAAGUUAAAUUUUAAGAACAUGCAAGUAAUUUUGGAGCGUAUGGGAUUAGAUAAAACGAACUAUCCUAGUAUGAAGGUAAUCAAAAGCCUUCUAAUGAAACAUCGAAAAUCCGUAAAACGGUUUGCUCCUGAGAUUACUUUGCAGAAUUGUUGGGAUGCAGCGAAUGAUUUGAUCGCUAGAGAAGAGUUGGAUGAGCUAUUCGAAUUGAAUUCUAAGAAUCUGAAAGAAAUUCUUGUAGAAAUGGGAUUAAACGAAAAAUGCGCACCUAACUUAAAAAAAGUUAGGAAUAACUUCGCUUGUAAUCCAACAUAUAAGAAGUAUCGUGCAGAACGAAAGGUGAGAACCCUUAUAAUUGUUAUAAGCUUCCUGAAAUUAAUAAAACUAUUUUGAAAUUUUCAAUGUGAAAUCAUUUCCGCAGAAUAUUGAACAUUCAAUUGCCGCUGAAAGUCAUAACGUAAGUGUAAAAUAUCAAAUUGCUUUGAAAUAGUCACGCCAUACAGUAACUUCAAAUUUUUAUAGAUCGAUAAUUUCAAAGAAUGUUCUUUUGAGAAUGAAAGUGCCUGCUUGCCACAAGACUGCGUUGGAGUUCAUGAAGUAAGAUGACAUUUCUAUUUAUUAAUUCAUGUAUUAAUAGUUGUUAUUUAGCAGCUUUUAUUAAAUAAAACAGAUCAUAUGUCCGAAACAAACUCAUCUCCUUCACGUGUCGAAACAAGAACAUUAUCAUUUGUAUCAUUUGACACAAACGAUUUCGAGGAAUUGGCCGACUCUCAAAGUACUACUUUUGACGGCGUUGAUAAUACGGGAAAAGAUAACGAACAACCUCCAUUCGGAUUUUUAUUGAAAGGAACAGAUUUAUCGCGUGUCGAAAUAAAAUCAUUAUCCGUCGAGUUUCCUGCAAAAGUAUGUAAGAAAGGAAUGGAACUUAAUGCUCCAGAAAUUGAAUGUCGCAUUUUUGAAACAUCAGUAAGUCAAAUGCAAGAGAGAUCAACGAACGACAUGCAAGACUCGAUUGUUUCAUUUGAUACCAAUGAUCUUGAAGGAUCGACCAAAUCACAAGAUACUACUUAUAGCAGUGAUGUAGAUGUAACUGAACUUGUGUUCAAUACAACGGACUUUGAAAACCUACGAAAAGAGAUAAAAGAAAAAGGCAACAGUAACAGGAUCAAAUACAAUGUCAAGGUUGCGGAAUGUGGGGCAACUGCCACAAAAAGACUUUAUAGUGGUGCUUCAAUUUACGAGUGUUCUUUUUACAUCAACAAGAAGAACAUUGAAAUGUGUAAACAUUAUGAUCAACAUAAUAUAAUGCAAAGCAAAACCAAGGUUGGCGAUGCUAAAUAUAAGCAACAAAAGCAUAGAAGGCCUUUUAUAGUGGCCUUAGAAGAUUUGUUAAAAAUCAAAUAUGAAGAAUUCAAUAUCUAUUGUAUAAUCAAUAUAAAUUCUCAUAAUUGCAACAAAUCUGGCUGGCUAUUUUAUGGUGUCUGCGCUCACAAGACCUGCAGAUCUUAUCGUUUCAAAAUUGUUUCUGUUACGGAUGGUGAUAACAUAUAUAAAGUCGAUGUCUAUGUUAAUGUCGCUAUGACCCUGAUACACGGGGAAAACCUGAAAGCGGCAUAUUGCAAAGGAGUAAAAAGAAACAUAAAUAUGAAAAAACUGCAGCUCCAAAAACCACUUGAAUUACGAACUAAGUUGAUCAACGAAAAGAAAAAAAGGGAACCAUUCGAGAAGGUAGACAUUGUCAGCAAAAAUAAAAUGCAACCAGCAUACCUCUGGAAUGUUUCAGAUGUGGAAAGUGAAUUAUACGACAGCGGCGAUGAUUUGUUAGAUAGAAAAAUUGAUUCUCAAGGAAGUGAUGAUAACAGUGCUAUUAUCGAGAGUAGUGAUGAGGAAAUUCCUGAUGAUGACAAUAUAGAUGAGCCAAGCGACAGUGGUUGCGUAAAAAUUCCAAUCAAGCGUACCAAAUCAGCAAACUGA